AUGUCUUUCAACGCUUAUGAUGUUAUGAUUGACAUUGCCGAAUCAUUUAAAAACAACCAACACAAAGACGAUCUUUUAACGAUGAUUCGGAAUAGCGAAGUGAAACAAUACAAGGAUGAACAUUUAAUCGUGAAACAAGGAGAAGAAAUAAAUGGAAUGUUGAUAGUUGUGAGCGGGCAUGUUUCAAUCUACAAGACCGAUGUCAAUUUCACCGAACUAGAAACAACUCAGCCGAACAUUCCUUACAUAAACCCAAAGAAAGAAGUUCGGCAGCAGCUGGGAACACUUGUGGAAACGCAUGGUGAAGGCUUGACUAUAGGGAGCACGUCGUUAACACGUGAACAAAGAUUAGUGGAGUACUUGAUGAAUAGUUGCGUGUAUUGCAGCACAGCCAUCUGUAAUUCAAACAACACAAUCGUCUACAGCCUCACUGUAAGCCAACUUUCUGAAUUCAUUCCUAAUGGCUCGGUGAUCAUGAAAGAAUUUUUACUGACGACCAUAUUAAGUUUGCAACAAACACUCCCGUUUUACACAAACAAAACAUCAAUAGACUUUUAUAGUGACCAACUUUCUCGACUGUUGAAGAUAUCGUCACAAGCUCGUUUGAAAGAAUUUUUUGACCUUGUCGAUGACCAGGAAGAAAAUCGGUUGACAGUUAAAAAAGGUGACCGCACGAUGAACCAUUUUUACAAAGCUUUCAUUCCGGAACGUGGUUUUGUUGUAGAUCAGAGCGGGCCAGGAACUGUUUUCAAUUGGCUUAAUAUGAAAGAAAAAAAAAUCCUGAUUAAAAAAUUUAAAAAGCAGCAAGAGGUCGAGAUUGACAGCGACGUGAAAGCAAUGAAGAAACAAAUUUUAUUUGCCACCUGCGUUCUGGUCGCUCUGACGUUGUUAAAGUCCUCAGACAAGGAAUAUAUUAUAAUAUACUUUAUAGUAACUAUCGCCUGGACUUUUUCCUGCAUGCCUCUUCACAUGAUAUGUUUCUUGACACCCUUCUUGUUGCACACCAUCAAUAUCAUAUCGAUGCCUGACUAUUCUUUUGGAUUUUUUACUACAAACACAUUUGGAGUAGUAGUAGCAGCCAUUUAUAGUCAAGCCAUAUCAAACUGCCAACUAGCAAGAAGGUUUUGUUUGGAUUUUCUUUCUGGCUAUUCCAUGUAUCCACAUAAUAUCCUAUUAAUCUUCCUUUGUGUGUGUAGCUUCAUGUCUUCAUGUUGUCCGGAUUAUUUUGUAGUCUUUCUUUUCCAGCCGUUCAUUGAAAGCAUGUUCGAUGUGCUUUUCAUACACGAUCGAAGAAACUACUACGGAACGGAUGUCAAAGGCAUUAUAACACUACAGCAAAAUUUCGAGAUGGCAUUCCGGUUAGGCCUUUGUUUUGCAAGUGUUAUGGGAAGCGUGAAUUCAUUUAACAGCUGCGAACAAGCUAAAAUUUUUCUGGAUUAUAUGAUACGAACUCGUUUUAAAAAAAAUUUUUAUCUUUGGUAUGCUGUUGCAGUUCCGUUAACAUUUUGCAACAUAGUGACACUUUGGUUAAUAUUAAUGAUCAGAUUUGUGGGUCUCAACUUUACAUUAUCAUGUGUUCGUAUGACAUUCAAUGCUUUGAUAAAUUGUGCCAGAUGUUCGCAAAAGUUAAAAGAAGACGAAAAGAUAUUUCACAAAAAACUUUACGCUUACAAAGUAAAUAUGGAAAAGUUAUCCUGGUAUGAGUCGAUUAUGAUAGUCAAUUUGGUAAUUAUUAUAUUGCUGGCUUUCACGCGAAAGUCAAUGUUUUUCUAUGGCUGGAGUGAUUGGAUAAUAAUGAAAUGGUUCAAAAUUAUCAGUAUGAGAGAACUCAAAGAAAUUACAUUCUCGUCUGUGGUAUGCAUUUCAAGUUUCAUACUAUUCAUCAUGCCCAGCAAACGACUUUACGUCACUCAAGAUAGAAGGCCAUCGCUCAUUAGCUCAAAUUAUUUAUUAAAGCCUACGAUGCAAUCAAUCCUUGAAUGGACCAAAGUUUGCCGUUCCAUACCCUGGACAGCAAUUCUCUAUGUCGGAGCGUCGAACAUACUUUUAAUCGGGUAUUACUAUUCCAAAGUUUCUACGCCAAUAGGAAAAGGUUUAUCAUACUUUUUGAAUGGCAUGCCAGAAUUCGUUGUAAAAUUAACCUUGUAUUUUUUAUCUAUGAAUUUGGCUGCUUUCAAUUUGGAUCAAACCGUUGCACACAUCGUGUUACCAUUUUCUUUGCAUUUAUCUCAGUCCAACAAACUUGAUUUAACAUGGACGAUGAUGUACACACUCCUUGGUACGAAAUUUACAUUUGUAUCGCCGUUUUGCAGCAUACCCUCUUUAAUCAUGUUCUCGACAACCAACGACCUCAAACGGAUAGAUUUUUUAAAAAUUGGAGUGCCGCUUACCGUCGCCAGCGCCAUAAAUGCUAUCGUAACAUUGACCAUAGUCGGAUCACAUUUUGAAUCAACCUACGAUCCAGAAAUAUUGACACUUUAUGAAUAUAAUUUCAUAUGA